ACACGUGUAAUUUAGAGCUGCAAAGCUGGCGAUUUCAGCAUCAAAUUCAUAUAACCAGUAGAUAUAAAAAUUAGUCGAGUUGCAAUUAUUUUUACUAUUUGUUGGCUGUAUUUAUCACUAGAUAGUUGUUGCCUCUAGCUCUAUAAACAUGCACCAUAAAAGAUAUAAUCAAGUAAUAUUAUGCAUACUCUAUUUGUCGAUUCUUUUCAAGACAUGCGUUUUGAAAGAUGUGGAAUCAGAAAGCUUAGAACAAGAAGAAGGUAUCCUGCAACAUGUGAAAGAACCGGAUGAUCUUGUAAGCAAGCCUUCUUCAGAAGCUGUGAUUACCUUGACCAGUGAAAAUAUAACUAGUGUUAUUAAACAGUCAAACAUUAUCCUUGUGGAAUUUUAUGCACCAUGGUGUGUUCACUGUCAAACACUGGAACCAGAAUAUGAGCAAGCUGCCAAAGCUUUGAAAGAGAACAACCCACCAGUAAUUCUUGCUAAAGUGGAUGGUACUGUAGAAGAAGAACUGAUUAAAACUUAUAAAGUGACUGCGUAUCCAACCAUGAUAUUCUUUCGUCAAGGACAAGAAUUCCCAUAUGAGGGCCCAAGAGAAUGGGCAGGUAUUGUGAAAUAUAUGAAAGAACGAGCUGAUCCUAACUGGAAACCAUCUCCAGAGGCUGUGAUAACCUUGACCAAUGAGAAUUUCACCAGUGUUGUUAAUCAAGCUGACCUUAUUCUUGUGGAGUUUUAUGCACCAUGGUGUGGGGCCUGUACAACAUUGGCUCCAGAGUAUGAGAAAGCUGCCAUCGUUAUGAAGGAAAAUACCCCACCAGUAACUUUUGCUAAAGUGGAUUGUAGUAAAGAAGGACAACUUCUUGUAGAAAACAAUGUUUCAGCAUUUCCCACUUUGUACAUUUUCCGUUGGGGGCGUCAGUAUCCUUACGAAGGUGGAAGAAACAAAUCAAGUAUCAUUGAAUACAUGAAAGAAGAAUCAAAACCUCCAAGCAAAGAAGCAAAAACUGUUAAGGCUUUGGAAAAUUACAAAAGCAAGAAGGAUGUAAAUGUCAUUGGCUUUUUCAGAAAUGAAAAGGAUAACCUUUAUAAAGAGUACCUGUUAGUAGCCGAUGAGAAGAGAAGGAAAUUCAACUUUCUACACACUUUCAGUGAAAAUAUAGCAGUAUAUUACAAAGUUACUGUGUCUACCAUUGUGUUGUUUCAACCAGAAGUGUAUCAUUCCAAAUAUGAAGAAUCCAAAUUUGAAUUCAAAGAGAUCGGAAGAAAUGGCAAUAAUAUUGAAAAGUUUUUAAUGAAACAUUCUGUUCCACUUGUUGGGCAGCGAACAAGAAAAAAUCUCUGGCUCUAUCAAAAUAACUAUCCAUUAGUUGUAGUAUAUUAUGAUGUAGAUUUUGGUUUUGAAAACAUAAUUCGAACCCAACUGGUAAGAAAAGAAGUUGUCCAGGUGGCCAAAGAUUAUAAAGGACAAAUCACCUUUGCUAUUUGCCAUGAAGAAGAAUUUGCAGAAGAACUAAGAAAUCUUGGCUUAGAUGAUAGUGGAGAAGAUGUUAAUGCAGGAUUCUUCAUGACACCAAAACAACGGUAUUCAUUGGAACCUAUUGAAGCAUUUAGUGCAGAAGAACUGAAGAAAUUUAUUGAAACUGUUUUAUCAGGCAAACUUCCAGCAUACAUCAAAUCUGAGCCUGCUCCAAAGUCAAACACAGGUCCAGUAUACACUAUUGUUGGAUCAACAUUUGAUAAGUUUGUUACAACAAAUGAUAAAGAUGUGGUUCUCCAGUUCUGUGAUUCUCUGUCUUCCUCAUGCCAUCGGAUAGACCCAAUAUACAAAAAGUUAGCCAAGAAAUUUAUUGAUCACAAAAGCAUGAUGUUUGGAAAGUUUGAUGCCAAAGCAAAUGAUUUUCCAGAGAUAUAUGAUAUAAGUGAUUACCCUUCAAUAUUUUAUAUUUCAGCAAAAGAAAAGGAUAAGCCAAUAAAAUAUUCUGGUGAAAUAACUUUAAAUAAUUUGAUAAAAUUUGUAAGAAAUAAUACAGAUAUAGAAGAUGAUUUAAAACAACAGUCAAAAGAUGAACUUUGAAUUCUACCUUAAUACUCUGCACAAAUAUUAUAUUUUUAUUGAGAAAAAAAGAGUCUGAUAUAAAGAAUAUAUAUAUUAUGCAUGCACACGAAAUUGUGGCUCAGUUUAAGUCUUUGUUUGGAUUAUUCUUGAAUAUUUUUUUUCUUUUUUGCAACAAACAAACAUAUGUUACUACAUUUUAUUCACUUAUAACAUUUUAUGAUCAAUUGCCCUCAAAAUUUGCUGUAUAUAUAAUGUAUUGUUUUCAUAUCUUUAUAGCUAUUUCAAUAUAAAAUUGCCAGCAUUCAGAUAUUUUGAAAAACACUAUACAGUAGUAUGUUAGACAUUUUAAACUUCAGCACUGUGAUUUAGUUGUGUAACAACUAGUACAAAGCAAAUGUAUUAGCUACUAUUGUGUUAAAAUAUAAUGUGCAUUAAAAAGUAUAUUGUCUUUAAAAUAUCACAUGUAGUGCUACACUAUUUGUAAAACUGAUUGAUACCAUCAGUUUUAAAUGCACGUUUAAGUUCAUCAUUUCAUGGUUUGCGCCAUGGUACUUCAACAAUUUCUGAGAUAACUAGAGUGACUGUUAUAGUCUAUAAUUUCCUUAGAUUGGAUUAGCAAGCACAUUGUUAGUAAUUUAUUUUCACUGGACUUUGUAUCCUGAGACAGAAAUAAUACGAUCAUUCCAAGACCUUUCUAACAUUUGUAAUCCUGAAUGAAUAAUUUGGAUAGGUCCAGGGCUCUUCUCUGACCUCAAGCUACUAUUAUAUUUGGCUAUCUGCUUGAAUUAAUUUCUGUACAAUAUGCAUGACUACAUUUGCUAUACAUGCAAGUCAAUUUCAGUUCUUUUCUUCAAUUAUUUGUCAGUGGAUUUGGAUCUAGGUUUUAGCUUUGUAGUCGGUAUUUAUUGCAUUUGUAAUAAAUUAUCUUUAAGCACAUUUUUUACUCCCAUAAAACUUUUAACUACCAUAUUUGCCCAAAUAUAAUGCACACUUUUUUUUCUUCCAAAUACUCUCCAAAAAAUUGACAGGGAAUUAUAUUUUUGAAUGUUCAAUAUUGUUAGGUAUUUUACUAGAAACUACCACCGAAAAUCAUUAAAUCGUCAGUAAAGAUUGCAAAAAAUGUUUCAUAUCCACUGCAAUGGAUGAUUACAUGCUGUGGGAAUCAGAUGUGGAUGAAGCAAAGGUUCAAGGAAGCAAAUCCGACGGUAGCGACAAUUUGAGCAAUGCUGAAGACUUGUGUGAAGAUGAGUGAUUAGCUUACUGUAUUACCACAUAUAAACUUUUCAAUAAGUUUUGUAAAAUUGACACAUAAAAGAAAAUUGAAUGAAAGAUUUCCAAAAAUGU